GCUUCUUAUUGGCAAAGUUUACAUGUGUUAUGACAGUUACGGUCGUUGCAUCUGGAUUAUACAUUCGUGCACAAGCUAGGGCUGACUCACACUCGUCGUUCCGUAUCUACUAUCUAUAAUGUUGUACAGCCAUAGUAAAGUUAUGAAACUUAAGUUAAUCGAUUACAAUUUAUGGAUUAUGGACUAGAAAAUAUUUAACAUGAGGUCAGAUUCAAGCGACCGUAUGCUGGCACCCAAACCGCAGUCUCGCUUCCUCAGCGUUAAGUCAACUCCAAGUUGAUAAACUGACAAUAAACGAGAAAAAAUGCAGAUUCCACAAAGAUGGCGCAGGCUGAUGGGAAUCGCCAUUUUCAUAUACCUUUUCGUUACACUUAUUCUUCUCGAUGUAAUAGAUCCUUUGUACUUAUUAAAACCUCACUCAAAUUACAAAACUAAAAUGCUCAAAAACAUAUCGUUCGGAACAGACAAAAUCACGAGUCAUCUUCCACAUGGAUUUGUAAUGGAACGUCCAAACGUCAUAAGUUGUCCGCCGAAGAGCUGGAAUAUAUAUGAUGCCGCAUGCCUUUAUACAAUUCCGAAGCAUAUAGAUUUAGAUGGCGUUGACAUGGAGACUAUCAUAUAUCCAAAUGUGAGUUUCCCCGAACCAAAUACGAUUACUUCUGAAGACAGGAGACUAUUCUUGACGUUUCACCCUAAUCAUGAUUUGUUAAAAAAUGGGCCUGAUCCAAAGAGUUUGAUUGGUCGAAUAUACCAUAUUCGAAGCGGAACAUUCACUGUCAAACGACAAGACUGUGGUUGGAAGUCGAACGUUAACGAGACUAAGGCCAAAAAUAGAAGUAAUGUCACUCCAAUGAAUUGGUUUAAUAUUUUAAUACCGUUGGUCGUUCCCGACGGAUGGACGUUUCAACAUUUUCUCGAUGGAACGCUACCUAAAAUUAUGCAAGUGUUUCACUUUUUGAAUAUACCCGGCGUUAAGAUCCUUCUAAAGACCCCACGCGAUAACAUCAUAAACGAUUUCCUCACAGCUCUCGGAAUAACUGCAGACAAAAUUGUCAUAGGACUUGAUGGUAACACAUACGGCGCAAACCAUUUGAUUUUCACUUGUAUUACCCCGGGUAUUCACCCCAUUCUUUGGAAAUUAGGUCGCAAGAGACUCGGUGCCAAGGAGACUUUACCUGAUGACGUAACCAACUCAUCAGUAGUACUACUGACAAGAGCAUUCUCAAAGAAUGGUGGAAGAAAAUUGCUCAAUUCUGAUGCAGUCGCAAACACGUUAAAAGAACGAUACGGCAGCAAUUUUGUUUUAUUUCAAGGCAACUAUAACUUCAAAGAAACUUUAAAAUUGUUUGGCAAUACCCGGGCGAUAAUAGGGGUACAUGGCGGAGCGUUCUACAAUAUAAAUUUUGCUCCAAGCAAAGCGCAUAUAAUUGAGAUAAUGCCCAUAUUGGACAACAAUGGUCGAAUAGCAAAUGGUUUGGCCCAUACGAUGGUUUGGACAAUGUCUAAUAUGUUAGAUCAGGUAUAUUGGAGGAUCUCUACAAGGGUCCCAAGUGGCAAUACCAAUGUAGUCGUAAAUAUAAAAUCUCUCAUUGCAAUCAUGGAUAAAAUCGAUGAAACACAGAACUAUUCAACUAGUAGUUAAACAAGUUAAACAAUGGUCCCCAGCUGGUUAUACGUUUUUGGUGAAAAUAAUGAAAAUAAAAAAUUACUCCAACGGAAGUCCACCCAUUUUGUUAUAAAGACGUUCUUUAUAACCAGGUGGAACCAGUGAUUGAAGCCAUUGGAUAAAAUGUAAAAGACAAAAAAAUCCCAUUGGUUUUGAUUUUCACGUGAAUUUUUUUUUUGAGAUAUCUACACAUGUAUGUUUAAGAUCUUUUUAUUUUCUAAUAUUGUAGUUGUAUUUAAUCCAAGUGGUUAGUUUCCCGAAUGGUCAAAUUUUAUCAUUUUCCUAAUUCGAAUUUUCCUAAUGACAAG